AGGGGGGAGAGGAAGAGGAGGAGGAGGAGCUGGAGAAGGGGAUUCCCAUCAUGGCUGGGGGAGGAGGCCCCCGGGGGGGUAGCGCGGUUGGUAGCAUGGGGGUUAGUGGCAAUGACGCUAGCGCCUGCGGUGGCAGCAGCAGUCUGGGAGGCGGAGUUGGGGGAGACAGCAGCGGCACUCGGAACGGCAACGGCAGCGGCGGGGACGACGACGGGGCCAAUGAUUCCGCCGCUGCCGCCGCCACGGCGCCGUCAUCGGGCGCUGUCGUACAAUACCGUCCGCCGCCUCCGCCAGCGCUCCUGCUCGCCAAGUCCCGGGGGCGUACCCUCGUGCGUCGCAACCCCACCACCUCUCACCCCUCCCGCCACCACCCCACCACCACCAACCCCCCCGCCACCGCCCCCUCCAACCCCUCCUCCCACCGCCACCACCGCUUCUCCACCUCCUCCUACCACCACCACCAAACCCCCUCCGCCUCCUCCCCCAACUACUGGCUCCUGCCCCAACCCCUCUACAUCGCCGUACCCACGCCCCUCCUCUGCCGCCUCGCCCUCUGCCCGCCCCUCAAGAGCCUCUGGGUGGCCCAGGUCUCCUCCCUCGACGCCCCCACGGGUCGUGUCUCGGUUGCAUUCCUCAAGGUGGUGGGUGCCGCCACGCUGCUUGCCGACCUACCCGGCCCCGCAGCAGCAGCCCUGGAGCAGUGUCAGCGGCUGGUGUGCGGGCUGCUGGGGGGUGCGGGGGGCUACCUGGUGGAGGGGUGCGGGAACGGACUGGUGCUGGCGGCGUUCGGGUCCCCCGCGGCGGCUGCGGAGUGGGCGCUGGACUGCGUGGAUGGGCUGAAGCGGUUGGACUGGGACCCUGCGCUGUUGUCACACGAGCUGUGUGAGGAGGUCGUAACCCUGGCAGCGCAACGAGCUGUCGUGCAGUCCGUCACCGGCCCCUCGGGCGGAGGAGGCACACCCCCGCCGCCCCAACUGGGAUCAACACCGUCACCAGCACCCGCACCGGCACCAACAGGGGCCUCCCUGGCUGCUGCCGCUGCUGCGGGGGCGGCGGCUGGGGGCGCAGCGAGCAGGCUGCGGUCGGGAGCCGCCGCACCGGGAGCAGGAGGAGCGGGAGGGGCUGGGGCAGGAGGGGAGGGUAGCGGGGCGGCAGGGGCCACUGCGUUCGUGCGGCCUGCCUCAGUGGCACUCAGUCGGCAGGCGACCACGCUGUCUCGCGGGCUAAGGAUCAAGGUGGGAAUCGACGUGGGAUUCGCGGCCUGCUCCCUCACCGCCACCUCCGGCCGCCUGAGCUACCGCGGCCGCGUCAUGAACCGCGCAGCACGCAUCGCAGGCAUCGCAGCCGCGGGGCAGGUGCUGUGCAGUGGCGCCGCGUGGGAGGGCGUCACGGCGGAGGCGCUGCGGCCGCCCUCGGGAGGCGGUCUGCCGCCCUGUCUGAACCUGUCGGCGGUCAGCCUGGGCCCCAUGGUGCUCAAGGGGAUCAAGGAGCCGCUGGAGGUGCUGCAGUGCGUGCGGGACGAGGAGGGGCACCUGGCGCUGCAGCUGCAGCUGCAGCAGCAGCAGAUGGGGGUGGGGGUGCCGGCGACGGUGGGGAUGGCGCAGGAGGGACAGCAGCAGCAGCAGUGAAGGGGCGGCGGCAGUAGAGGGGAAAGCGGGGCUGCUAUCGGUGCUACUAUCGGACUCAAAAGGGCACCCGCCCUGCAGCAGCGGUGACCUGCAGUGCAGCGUCCUUGGUCCGGGUUGCCCCCCCCCCUCACAUCCCGCCCUCCUGGCUGGCCGGCCUGCAUGCUACCACCAGAGCUUGAUGCAUGGGAAUUUGGCUUGAGGGGCUAGGGCAUGCUGGCAUCACUAGGCCCUGCGUACUUGGACCGUGAGAGGAAGGAAGGAAUUACUUGGACUGCGCUCGAGGGGAAGGAAGGUGGCAUUCCAUUGGGACUGAGGUGGUGGAGAAGGUGCCUUGGCAUUGUGUGCAGAGCUGCGAACCGCGUGCAUGGGGGUACUGGGGGUUGUGCAUGGGGGGUAGUAGCGGCGUGUUCAUGCAUAGCUGCAAGAGCAUGGGGAUUGUUAGUGGGGAAUUAGUUGUUGUGGGUCGUCCUUCUGAGGGAAUGCCGUGUUUGAGGAGCUCGAAGCCCCGAUGCGUGCGGCUACCGAUCGAUAUAUAUUGUUAGUGGAGACAUGCGGAGUUACUUCGGGAAUGCCUGCAGAAAUACCCGGGGGACCGUGGAAAGGGGGGAAGGGAGGGCUACAAAUGCGUCCCAUGCAAUGGACAGUACAAGGCGUUGCAUUGCAUUGGUGGUGGUGGGGAAAGAGUGCAAGGUGGUCGGUGCGACGACGUUUCUUUCUUUUGCUCACCACAGCUUGCUUCCGUUUGCUUAUUGCAUGGUACGGAGCAGUGGUGUUUGUUGCUUUGGUUUGGUUUAGGUUGGGCUCCUUGUGCCUGUGCUGCCAGGUUCGCCGUUUAUUGGUAAGGAAAAUGCGUUGACAGGACACACGUCUGCUAGUCGCCUGUACGGCGUUCGUUGCUGGCUGUUGGUCGUUGAUUGUCAAGAACCGAACGUAAUUAUCUUUGACGGCUGGUGUUGUCCUAAAAGGCCGUCUGUUAACCUCUGUUGACCACACUCUGGUUGGUACUUUUGGUAGAUGCAUGAGAACUGUCGCUGCCUACUUAUAAGAGAAGAACUACCGACUAAAUGGUACGGCAUGCUACUUCCCGGUUUCGUAAAGCCCGCCCGCCCGCCACUAAUGACCCGUGGGUCAUCUGCUGGGCCGAUUGCUGCCAGGAGGUCGCAGAUCCCGGGUGACUUGCCUCUAUCCGGCAGGUGGAGCCCCUGCUGCUCCUGCUAGCUGGCUGACUGACGUCCGUGUAUACCGGUGGACCCUUGGUAUGAUUCUUUUGCAUGGGGAAGGAUGCCGUGAAUGGAAAUACAAGCGUGAUUAUGUAUAGCAGGAAGCGUAUCUUUGUUAUACAAGUAUGACUUCGGUUGAAAUAUGAGUUAGCGUUGAACGGAGACGAUACGGCUUACCUCACUACCAACCGAAGCUACAUGCCAGUUGCACAGCAACGCUCGUGCGACAAAGGCAACGGCACG